AUCUACCCUUAUCCAUAUUCUCUAUAACUCUCCUUCUCUCCUAAGCAGCUGCUGGUGCCUCAGAAUGCCAGAGUUUAAGGGUAUUUGAAAAAGAAAAGAAAAAAAAAGGAAAAAAAAGAAACAGAAGAAGGAAAAGGUCUUAUCUGGACGAGACCCCAAGAGGAGACCUGAAAGUCUGCAGGCAGUACCGUGUCUGAUUUUCCAGCCAGAUUCAAACAAUCUAAAUGGCCACUCCCCAUGGGACCUUAAUUUGCCUUCGUCAUACAUUGUCACUGAAUAGAUAAGGUUCUCAGGUUUCCAAAAAUUCAGAUCUUCAUGGCAUCUGUUCCUUCAGCUUCCUUCUUCUCCUUGCCGCUUCCUCCAUGGCAGCAACCUCAGAGUGCACGGGUGGCUAAAUAUGAGACCAAAAAGCGCAAGAAGACCCUUGAUGACUGGGGUGACAAUGAUGAUGACGACCUAGGAGAAACCACCGAUGCUGCUUCGGAAGUUGCGCUGCCUGCGCCAUCUCUGACUUUGUCCCCAGAUGAAGCUCAUCAGUACCGCGUUGCGGGCUUGUCUUUCGACCAGGAAUUACCGGGCGGCAAGUUUCCGCAUGCACCUGCACAAACCCAGUCUUCCACUCGACAGACGCGGGAAGGGGUACUUGAGAAGCUAUCCUCUCUCUCUUCUCCCAUAUAUCCCCCCCAGUCUGCUGCUCAUCAGGGUAACCUCCGUCUGCAGCACCUGGCUGUGCUGACAUCCAUAUUGCACCGCUGUCUUCUUCAAAGGGACUAUGUCCGAGCAGGAAGAGCCUGGGGACUACUUCUCCGAGAAGAAUUUAAUGGAAGACCGAUCGAUACGCGGACUGAGGGGAGAUGGGGAAUUGGUGCGGAAAUUCUGCUCCGGCGCGGCCGUCAAAUCGCAGACAUGGCUGCUGAAAAUGGCAGCGACAACGGCGGUUCCCAGUCACCAGGCUCGGGUCCACAGCUCAUGUUCACAAGGAAGGGCUUUGAGGAUGCCAAGAAGUAUUAUGAGAGGCUGAUCAUCCAGCAUCCAUACCGGAAGGCUUCUCCAGACUCCAUCAGCUCAUUGCAUUUCUACCCUGCCAUGUUCGGCCUCUGGGUUUAUGUGGCCCAAGAGGAGAGUGAGGUCAGUCGACAGAACAUCUGGACUCGUCAUACCGAUGAAUAUGGACAGCAUUCGGAGGAUGAAGAUCUUGCCUCCGACCACGACGGCCAUCGUGAUUCCAAGGAAAGGGCCCACGCACUCAUUGCCGACGUGCGCAAAGCAGAGCUCAGUCAAGCGCAAAAGAUCGCGGGGAGAAUGGAUGAGAUUCUUGGCUCUCCGCCCUUCUCGGAUUCUCCAGAAUUGUUAGAGCUUAGGGGAAUGGUGUCACGCUGGAUUGCUGAUCUAUUUGUGUCCUCCGUGCCUGGAGGACAGACUGACCACGACUACUAUACCGAUGACGAGGAUGAAGACUCGAUGUCCGACAACAUGCAGUAUUCGAUCCAGGAUAGACGCGAACGUAGACUUGCGAUGGAGAAGCGUGCGUCCGAGACUCAGAAGUCCAAAGAAUUCUUCCACAAAGCCAAGCAGCGUGGCAAGGGGGUGACUUCUACUCUUGAUGACUUCCACAUCGAUGAUGACGAGUCGAUGGGCUAUUGGAGUUGAUGUUAUUUAAACGACUUAGUUGGUGCAUGUUCUUCGUGCAAAACAUGAUGAUGUGAAUAUAUGUAACGGCAUCUCCCCAGAUCGGUCUACAUCGAAAUCCCAAUGUUAAAUCAGAUCUGC